UCGGCUCGUCUGCUCUUACGGUUCGUGAACAAGAGUGUCCAUCAGGACGGGGCGGCGAGUUUUCCGGUGUGAAGAUUGGUUGGUUCUGGCUCUGGCUGGGUCUCGUGCGGGCCUUUAAACCCAAGGGGAAGUGUUCAUUUGUCGGAACAUUCCGCAAAACAUCAACUCUUCCGCUUGGAUCAACUAAGAUGGAACUCUGCAGCAAUUCUCGUAACCAAGUUAAAUGAGCAACGGAGCAACAAAAAAACUCUGAAAUGCGCUCUGAAAUGUGGUGAGGUUUGCUGUGUAUGCAAUAGAGGCAGUAUCCUAAGUUUGGCCUUGGCCUGGAAUAGAUGGCAGACAAUGUCAUCAACUAACAACAUAGCACAAGCACGGAAACUGGUAGAACAGCUGAGGAUUGAGGCAGGCAUUGAGAGAAUCAAGGUAUCCAAAGCUGCUGUAGACCUUAUGAAUUACUGUGAGCAGCAUGCCCGGAAUGAUCCACUGAUUCUUGGAGUUCCGACGUCUGAAAAUCCUUUCAAGGAGAAAAAACCCUGCAUCAUACUAUAGCUUUGCCCAUAAUGGAUGAAGCACAGCACAUUAAAACCCAAUUUGAUUGCCAACAUUAUGAAAUACUCAAAACAGUGAAAACAGGUGUCUAAAUAAGGAUUGUACUUUUUUAAAGCUAUAGUUGAACCAGUGUUUGCAAAUCUAACAAAGGGGAUUUAGAAAUUUAGCCAAUGCAAAUUAAUUUCACAAGAUUAAGAAGGGGAAGAAUUUUAACGGGGACAUUUUUCUCAUGAAUGUGCUUUUCUCAUUUGUCUGAAGUUUGAUUGAAAUUAGUUGAUAAAUUUGUUGUGGUGGGGGUGGGAGGGAAAAUGUCAGAUUACCUUACUGGCAGAAAUAACAGUUAAAUGGAAUUGUACAAUAUAAGCACCUUUUGAAGGAAUUUUCAAAUACUUAACACAAAAUAGAGAUCCUAAAUUAAAUGUCCAAGUAUUUCAAAAAGUUAAACAUGAAAGAAGUAUUUUAUCCCCUUUAAGUACGUAAUGAGGCUUUGUAAAUAAGGUCAAUUUUAAGUUACUCUGCUUAUUUGAUCAAUACUGGGUGCAUUAGUUUUAUUAGUAAGUUUGAUUGAUUCUGUUCAGUGAUAAAUUUUUUGUGAAAUGGUAUCUCCCCAAGCAUCAUCUCUUUUCAUCAAGGUUAUGUCAAAAACAUGUUUUAGAAAAUUAAACAUUGUGCAGCAAAGUUUCCCAGAAUGUAGCUUAUGGUAGAACAGAAGUGUUAUGAACCUUUUAUGUUAAAGUUUUGGGUUUAGGUUAUGUGUACAGAAUAGAAUAUUUUUCAGUGUGUCCUAAUUUACACUGACAAUUGCUAAUUAAUAUGGAACACUACAUAUAUUAGCAUCAGUAUUGGUUUAAAGUUGUGUUCACACAAUGCUCUAGUGCAUUUGGCAGUUUGAUAUUUGUGGAGGUGGAAAGAGGUAUAACGAACUCAUCACUGACUGAAACUGGGUGGGAAAGCAAUGUAUAUUGCACCUAAUACUUUAUAUUUUCUUCAGGUGACUGUCAAAAUCCUGCAUAGUGAAUGAUAAAGUAAUAAAAAACAUAACAUUUAUAAGGUAACUGGUCUUUUGGCUCUUUGGCAAAUCAGAUUUUUAAUUGGCUAAAAUUUUUAUGAAUUAAUGAUUUGAAGAAGUUAUUAAAACCAUUUGUAUGGUCUGUGGAAGAAGCUAUUAAACUUUAGAAGAUCUUCAGAUUAAUUCAGCAAUUGCAACAGAUUGUAUUUCAGAAGAGAAUUUGUACAAAAGGCGGGUACAGUCUGCAAAUUACCUGAUCAACACUUCAGUGCUUGCUUCCUAAUUGUUAUUCAAGUUGAACAGUCUUGUGUAAGAGCAACUUAAUUCUGUGUGCAAUAUCAGGCUGAAAUGGGAAAGUACUAGUGCCGACUGGGAUUUUACUCUGUACUUGCUGUAAACUUUUUUAAUUCCUAAUCUGAAAAUAUUUAUACAACAGUAGUAACAUACAUUUGUAAGUUAGUUUUCUUGUAUCUUAUGAAAAGGCUUUCCUUCUAAUUACAACUGCCAAAUGUAAAUGAUAUCUACCCAGAUAGUGAAUUUUCCUAUGGUAUAAAAUUAACUACCUGGUAAUGCUGCAUGAUCUUAAUAUACCUUCAGGUCCUACCUCAUUCAACUGGGAAUAGCCUUUGUCCUAUCAAAGUUGAAAGGCUUCCACAUCAAAGAAAUGGACUAUAGUAGUAAGGGAAAAUUGAAAUGGAAAUUCACUGUCUUUGUAUAUAUUAUAAAUGUUAACCAAAAUCUGUGUAUAAAAAAAAAUUAAGUUAAUUCAGUUUUAGGGUAUAAGAGACAAAACAACCUGCCUGAGUUUAAAUUUUGCUGUGUCUUCUAACCCUUCAGCCUGCAUUUUGCACUAGGAUUUAUUAACCUCUUAUUUCAGUAUCCAUAAUAUAUUCAUUUAAAAAAAACUCAAGCUGUCUUGACUCAUUAGAGAUUAGAGAUUAUAAUUCCACCAAGGUGCUUGGAUGAAUAUUAUUCCGAAACCCCAACCUAAAUUUAAUGCAUUAUUUCAACUCGGUGCUAUUUAUAUUUUGAGAAAUACGUGGCAUACGUAUCUGUUAGGUUUCAUACUUGGUAGCAGAACAGUCAGAGGAAUAUUUUCAUUGUUUGGAAUGUUGGCUUUAGUGGAAAAAGUCAGUAUUUAUUACCCAUCCAAUUUCCCCCGAAGGUGAUGCCGAGUUUCCACCUUGGAGAAGAUACUGCCGCAAUACUGUUGGCGAGGGAGUUCCAGAAUUUUCACCCAAUUCUUACAAAGGAAUGGGGAGAUCUUCCAGGUCAGGACGUUGUGCAUCUUAUAAAGGACUGCAGCUAGUGGAGGUUCCAUUCACUUACUGCCCCCAGGCUUGAUGGUAGAUGUAAUAAGUUUGGGAGGUGCUGUUGGAGUAUGGUUGAUGAAUAACUGUGCAUUUUGUAGAUGGCAGCCACAAAGCAUUGAUGGUGAAUGGAUGGAUGGGCUGGCAGUCAAGUGAGCUGCUUUGUCUAAGGUGGUGUCAUGCUCUCGGGUGGUGUUGCAGUUGCACUGAUUCAGGCAAGUGCAAAAUAUUCCAUCAUGCCCUGACUUGUGCCUUGUAAUAUAUUAUGUUAGUUGCUGUACCCCUUUUCUACAAUUCAACUAUGCCAUCUCCAACCACUGUGGCUAAUUAAGGUUUUGAGGAUAUUAAUGUCAUCGUCUUCCUCUACUGUCUUAACCAUUUAAAGAAUCACUUUUUGUAGUCCAGUCAAAAUUUUCAUUAAUACAGCACCAAAACUUCCAUGAAGAUGCAAAAUGUUUUUAUAAAACCAAUGAGACCCUUUUGACGAGCAUUCACUGCUAUAUCUUUAGUGUAUACAUUUUCCAUACUCUAUUUUUACACUGAUGUAAAUUGGAGGGGUUAAUGUUGUUUCAGUGGUUUGUUUACUAGAAGUAAUCAUCUGCAUAACCAAAUUAUUUGUAUUGCGACAUGGACAAGAAGUUUACUAAACAAUUAACUUUAUUUACCAAAAUAGGGAGUAUAAUUUUGUCAUUAAUACAUGGAUGAAAAGAUUCCUACUCAGCACCAAGAGAAAAGUCAAACAAAAUGGAUUAGACAUGAAUAAUAACCCACCCAAAUUUCCUUCCAUUACUAAAUUGAUGUUAGAAAUGUUGUUUCUGUAGUACAGGCGAUGCUCCCCACCCAAGUUUCCCUUCUGUUCUUCUUGCAUAGGAUGCUUACCACCCAGCUGAUAAAAGAUGAAUAUCUAUCUGGUAAAGGAAAAUAUGAGGAAUAGAAAUUGUACAAUAAAGUUACAGAAAUAUAUAUUAAUUAUAAUUGUGAGAUGCAAUUACACUGACAGCUUACUGAGUUGAGUAAAUUUCAUUGUAUAGCUUCAGUUUUUCACCUCUGGAGGUCUCAUUUGGUCCCUUGUUCUCUUCAAACAAUUGUUAUCAAAUCUCUUCCUUUGGUCUUAAAACAAACACCUGUCUUAAUCCAUUAGAGAUUUCUAGCCAAAUUCAAUGGUAUUUUAUACAUGUAAACAGAAUUUUGAAUAGAUGAACAGAUCAACAUUUUCCGAAUGCUUGUAAUGGGAUAAAUCAGAUAGAAUCAAAGAAAGGGUCAAUUCAAUACUUUUAUUAUAAACAAUCUGACUUCUGUGCAAAGGGUCCAAACAAUUCUAGCUAAACAGUAAUGGCCAAGAUUGAGACUAUAACAUGUGGCACAUUGGAGAUGUAAAUUUGCUUGUUUGAGCUCCAGUGCAACUGCAUUAUAAACAGACCCACCCUUUUGAGCUGGAGGUUGAAAGUGUGAUUAUAAUUUAAAUCAAGGGCCUACUUCUGUGCACAGUACUUGGUCAUUUACACAACUUAGUUCUUGCACAACAGAAAUCUAGGUCCAUUCUGGAGGUUGGCACUCAGACUCAAACUCAUGGUAGCCAUUCUGAAUGCAAUAAAUUGUUAGACCUAGAUUGGUUUUUGAUGAAUGUAUUUUUGUUACCUGCACUUGAUUCAACUGCCCAAUGAUCCUUCAGGCUAAUACUAAUGUGGACUAGUGUAUUUACCAGUAAAUGGUUAAAGUACCAAGAAUUUGCAUUGCAUGAGUUAAUUUUAUCUGCCAGUGAUUUGCUCUUCUUUCUAAUCAAUUAAACUGAGAUUUUAUGCCAACAUUCCUCCAGCUGGUUUCUUUCAAAAGUGGCUGUUCUCCAUGUCUAAGUUUAGAUCACUGAUACUAGAACUCAAUCCUAGGCUUUUGGUCAACUCCAAUUCUACAUGUGGUGAAUUUCUAUUGCUGCACUUUCCAUCAUUGUCCACUGGUUUGCACUUAAGAGUGGAAUUCUUUUUUGUUACCUUCCUUGGCAUGAAAAUGUCAGUUUUAGCAUUAGAUAUGUAAAAGGAUUUAAUUAAGAUCCCCAUGUUCAAAUGUUUCCUUGUUUGUGAAUUCACAUGAACCAAUUAAUUGGUAAUGCAUUCAGUAAGAAAUUGUAGGAGUAUUUGAUCAGAUUGUUCCCUCCAUUGAUGCUGGGUCAUUUUCAGGCAAGUGUUUUUGGAACUGCCAUGGCUGCAUAUUUCACUGAUGCAUUAUCAGGGAGGCUGCCAGUGUUUAAAUUUUUCUAUCAUACUGUGUGUAAUUCUUAAAGAGAUGAAGGUAUAUUCUGCUUCUGACAUUUAAUUAAUUCACAAAAUGAUUUAUAGUAGUCUAUUGUUUGAUUCCUGUGCAUCCUGAAACAGUAUUUAACACUAAUUACAUUGGAUACCAAUAAAUAAAAGCAGAAACCUUGUACACGAAUGUUGCUGGGUCUGUCUACCACUUUGGUAUUAUGGGAAAUCUGCUCAUUGUCAACAUUCUGUACAUGUGUUUUAUUAAUUGCAUUCCAGAGUCCUUUAGAAAGAUAUUGUCCAAACAGUAGUGUUUUGCUGCUACUUCAGCAUCUAUUCAGUCUGUAUCCCAGAAUAUAUCCAUAAUUAUUUAUAUGCAGAUUUUCACUAAUUUUAUUCCUUCUUGUCCAUUCAUCUGCAGAUGUUAGUCAUUUAUGCUUUGUUGUACAGUAGAGUAGCCUUACAUGACCUUGCAUAAGAGGCCGUUAUCCAUGAUUGAACUUGAACUGUGAUUAUCUUAGCUGAGACUUUGAAGGAUCACCAGGUUGGAUGCUGUUAAUUCAUUAUAAACUAAAACUUCCUGGGUUACAAAGUGAAUGAACUUUCUUCUUUAAAUAUGUUAAAAGUUUUAAUUACAAACAUCCAUUUGUUGUUCAAUCAACUACCUCCCCUCCCCCCUUCAUUAAGAAAUUCUGCUAUUUGAAUCUAUAGUAUGAUCGGGACUUUGGUGCAGGACUGUCUUCUGUCAGCUUUUCCAGAUUCUUGGACAUUAUUCCUAUUUAUAUCCCAACACUCUUUUAAUUCACUUUUUUUUAAGAUGUUACACAGUAUUGUAAUACAUUUUCCGGAGAAUCCAGUAAUGUUAAAUGGAACAUGGGAAUCCCGAGUUCCAGUAGUGUCAAGGCAGCACAGAAAUCCUGGCCUCAUUGUCAGGGCAGUACAGGAAUCCUGGGCCCCAGUGAGUGUCAGGGCUGUGCUGGAAACAUCACCUAUGAGCCAGAUGCCAAACUCUUGGGAUUUCCGAAUACUCGGAUAGCGGAUUAUUAGAGUUUUAUGAAACUGUUUACUGCAUUUCAACACAUCUGAUUUGCAGAUUUUUUAAAGCUUUUUGAAAGUCUUUCUUUUAUAUUGACUUACGAGGAAUUAUAAAUACAAAAUGUAUAAAUUAAAAUGUCGUUAUGGCCAAGUCCAGUUACAUACCAAUGAUUGUAUUGUGAUAGCUAAUGUAAUUUUUUCAACAGUAAAAGAAACAUAUUAUUUUGAGUUGCUGUUAAAACACUGAAAAAGAAACCCUGGUAAAGUAGAAUUUUUAGCAAAAUGAUAUCUGAAUUAUUAAAUUUAUCAUUUAUUUUUUAUUUAAACUUAAAUUCUAAUAUUUGCAAUUUAAACCACAUUAAUUUUUAAAAAGUAAAUAUAGCAAAGUGUUGCAAAUUCUGGAAAUCUAAACUGAAAACAAAGAUGCUGCUGAGACUUGAGCAGAAAGGGCAGUAUGUGUGGAGAAAGGAAGUUUAACACUUCGGGUUGCUGACCUUUGAUCAGGAUUUAUUUACCUGUAUUCACUUUGCCUGUAUUUCCUGACCAUCCUUCACUUUCUCUCUCAAUCAAGUGGAAAUCCAUUUGUUAAUCUUAGCUGAUUGCGUUUGAUUAUGUUGCUCCUGCUCUUUGAUUUAUAAUUUAACUUUAUUGGCAUUGGCAAAAUAUUCUCCUUAAUCAUUUUCUAUGUUUAAGUGUCUGGUAUAUAGAUAAUGGAACUUUCUCAAGGUGCCAGUUAUAGCCGUGAUUAUCAGCACAAGUUCCAAUAUCCAUUGUGUAUCAGUAUUCCUGGUUCCGAUGUUGAAUGAUAACCUGCUGGAAAUGAAUUUCAGUAAGAAAUCAGUAAGAAUACUUCGGGUUCUCAUAGUGUAAUCAAUAUCUUCAAAUCCCUAUAAUUGCUUUUCUUUUGGAAUUUUUAUAUUUAGCAUAUUUUUAUCAUUAAUAGGAAGAAAUAUUUGAUUUUUAAGAAGUGUUGAAAGUGCACUACAUCCUAAAUUAACCUUUUUGCCCAAAGAAUGUGGCUUCCUUGACCAGGAAAGGGUAUCAGAUUCUUGUGUCCCAUUAUCAGACUUUCCAAUCUGUACACCUUUCUCGGGGUGCAGACUCAACUGACUGUUCAAAGCACAAAUGUAUUCAGAUUGACUGCGGGUUUAAGAUGAGGGCAUUUUGGGUCUUGCAAAAGAAUGUCUAAAUUUAUGAAGGAUUUAUGUAAAUAGAAAUUGUUUCUAAAUGCUGGCUGGUCUCUCACCAGAGGCCAUAUAUUUUGGGUAACUAGCAAAAGAACCAGAAACUGCAUGAGAAAUUUUUAGGCAACAAGUAGUCGGGAUAUGGAGUGCAAUGGCUUUGGUGUCACCAGGAGCACGACUCCUUUCCCAUCAUUAAAAACGUUAAGAUACGUCUUCAUAUACAUAUUCAUAUUGUGAGACUGUAUUUAAAAUGCCACUCCAGAAGUGAUCAAAUUUAAAUUCCUGUGUGGCCUGUACUGUCUAGUAUGUUGGUGGAGAUAAAUUCAAUAGUUGCUUUUGAAACGAAAUGAAUGAAUACUUGGAGUAGGAAAAAGUAGGGAAAAUUUGAAAGAGCUGAUGUUAAUUUGAUGGCUGCAAACAGCCACCUAUGAAUCUAAGAUUGAGGGGAAUGGAAAAGGUAAUUCGAGGCCUGAUUUCCAUUUGUUGUCUCAACGGUGUUUUAUUUUAGCAAAUUAGAGCUUAGUUUUCCCAUUCUAAUAUUUUUUAAGCCCACAAAGUGUUCUUUCCAUGUAGUCAAUGCUAAUCUGUAAAGCAGAAUACUAACUUCACUGGAAACAUUAUUCCACCCCAUUAUUGCUCUACGGGAACACUGUUGUAAUAUUGCACAGGUUACUCACUGACCCAAAUUAAUGCUCUGGCUCAAGUUCUCUCUAUUAACAUUAGGGAGAACAAAUGUAAACAUCCUGGAACAAAACCACUUUUCAAAUGUGUUAUAGACAUGUCUUGCCUUGGCAGUAAAUCUUUUCAAAUGUCCAUAACUGAUGCAUUCUCUGCAUGGUACACCUUGUGCGUACAUUUUUAAAACUGAAGGGAACUUGUCAUAAGUACAUGUGUUCCUACCCACCUGUGUCAACCCCUUGAGUAUUAUUCCAAUUUUGUCCAUAAAUGAUUGAAAGAGAAUGUAGAAAUACAAAUAUUAAAAUUGUGGCGAUUUCUGAAUUCAGUUUCGAAGUUCAAUUUACAUUCUGUUCAAUUUAUAAGGCACCCUUUUUCAGGUAAUCAUUUGUAGAUUAAAUACACAGUUGCUUCUGUUUCUUUCAGUGCCUCUUAUUGUGAACUGUGUUCAGAGUGCUUUGUAAGAAAAAUUUGCCAAAUAUUGGCAUUGUUGAAUCAUAACUUUCAAUUUCCUUGGCUAUCUGGCUGUUAUCUUGACCAUUGGUUACAUAUCUUUCUCCUUUAGUGAUGCAAUUUUGUUUAUUUGCAUCCUUAUUAAGAGCAAUAGUUAUGAAUUCCUUUUUUUUUGAAGUGAAGAUCUUGCAGAACCUGAUCAUUUUCAGCAUUAUCUGCAGUAAAUCUAUGGAAGUCAUUAAUCAGGUGUUUUUCAAGGGAGGCAAAAAGCAUGCCUACAAUACAAGGAGCAUCUUUUUUUACUGAUCUCCUAACCCGAAAAGUUGUUGAUCCCAACAGUUAGGUUUUUCACACACUGUUUCUUGGUGUUGUCCGCUGCUGUCUUGUCAUGAGCUAAAAGCUUGUAGUUAAGGAUCCAGAUACCUAGAUUUGAGGACGUGCUAUUUGGAAAAGGAAAAACUAGCUUAAUGGUUUGUAUACCAUUUGACAUGUGGAUGGAUAUUUAACUUAUCAUUAAUACUGAGUUAUUUUGUCAAUUUUUUGAAUUUUUAAAGUGCUUUUUUAAAUGUUAUAUGAAAAGCCUUUGCUAAUUUCAGAUCAUAAAGGUGGUGUUUUGGUGGUGUUAACCUCGAAGCAGUAGAAUCUGUCCAAUGCGCACAUAAAUAAUCCACCUUUAUCUUUUCCUUUCCCCAGCUUCUGACCCUUUCUCUGCUCCAUAAAUUCCUGCAGAAUUUUGUGGAGCCGAUCUGUCACUCAUCAGAGCAGGACAAGUUAGUGCAUUACGCUUCAAACAAAUUUUCUUGUACACCAUAUCUUGAAAUUAUCAAGUCUAUUUUGACUAACAAUUAGAUUUUCCACACUUUACUGAUCCUCGGAAGCCCAGCCCCCCUCAAUAAAUGUUAGUCACUUGGGCUGGUGGUAUUCGUGUUGCAUUUUUCUUUCACUUGUGACUUGUAUAGCUUCAAUAAUUUGCAUUCAGUAGUUUUCCUAUUUAUAGAAGAAAUUUGAACCAAAUCUAAUCCAGUCCUCGUUAAAUAUCAAUACAUAGAGUUUACCAGGGGGCCUUUGUUGGAGUCAAUAACAGAGAGCCCUUCUGAAUUUUAUUCUCCAAAACCCAAAAUGCUACAUAUCCUGGAAAUACUCAACAGGUCAGGCAACAUUGGUGGCGAGAGAUCUUUCAUCAGAAUUUUAUUCUUCCCUAGCUUAGACACUUUGAUGUCCAUUGUGGAACCUCAUAACUGCUUUGUCUAACAAUUAAUAGUUGCAGCCCCAGACCCAGUACAACUUGGCCCUUCCAGGCAUAAAUUCUUCUAGACUGAUGAAAUGAUAUUUAGAUCUCACUGCUCAGUCAGGAGCAAAAAGCAAGAAUGCAAAGAUCUCCAAUCUGUAGGCAUCUGAUUUUGAUGAGUAUUUCAAAUUAUUAAUUACUGAAAAUUAGAAUCUUGUAAUCUGAUUAGUGUAAAUCAAAUAGUAUUGUAGGGUGAGUGAAGAAAAUCUUGAUUCCCAGUCAGGAGUCUGCAGUUCGCACACACUCAUUGGCCACCUCAGAACCCACAAAACUAGAGUGGAAGCAAGUCAUUCCUGAUCCCAGGGAACUCCCUAAAGAGAGAUGGUGACUUCCCAGUUACAGGGUUUUUUUUAAAAAGGGGCUUUUUACUUGCUGUUGUGGAAGAGGCAGUUUUGUUGGAUUUUCCCCUUCACCUUUGUGAAGGCUUGUGACUUCUUGUAGUGUUACUGGAUCACAGGCCAAAAGCCUCUUUCUGAGAUCAUGCACAAUUGAUCAUUGUGGAUGAGAGAAAAUUAUUCCACAAUUGAUUGUCCUGGGUUUAAAUCACUCAGUGUCAAUGGACAUGGUUUCAAGUAAUGAGAACAACUGUACCUUCACAAAUCGUAUCGAAAUGUACAGUAUAUGGUAGCAGAUUUACAUAGUCAUCAGUUUGAACAUUUCCUGUGGCUUGACAGCAUUAUACUAGGUUUGCUAUUCCGAUCAAUGGCAAUUUUGACGUGUCUGGUAAUCCCAGUUCACACAUACGAAAAGGAUGUUCUGAAAUUGUUCCAGCAAAGUCUUAUGAUUGAUGGCUAUGAGUAGUUUUCAUCUCCCACAAUUUAGCAACUUCUAUGGGACCAAAUUCCUUGGGCAGGUUAAUCAUCUUGCCCUUAUGUGAUACAAACUUGAUGUCAUAUUUCCUAAGGCUGUUCUGUAUUGAUUUAUUUUGUUUUAAAGCCUCAAUGGGGGAACAGGAAGAAAUUAAAUCUUUGCUUCUGAAAUUAGAUGUACUUAACCACCAACAUUUUUUGAAAUUUAACAUUGCCGUUUCCUUGCCCACCCAAUGUUUGGUUAACAUCAAAUUAAAAUCAAACCUCUUUAAUGUUAAACAUUGUUCUGCCCUUGCUCCCCAACUCCUUAAGUCAUGCCUAUAUUUUCAAGGCUUCUACUUGGAAGAAUCUGCCUAUUUAUAAUCAAUAGGUAGGAACUCGCUUGUCUCAUAUAGUUUUGAUAAACAUUAUUUUGAUCACUUUAUUUCCUUGUUUGGAUAACAGACUACAAAGAGGUUUCUACUUGAAUACAGUUCCAUUAGUACAUUACCAUCAAAUGCCACUCUUUAUACACAAGUUUAAUUAACAGUUGCAAACAAGGCACUUGCACACCUCCUUCACUCACUAGUGUGCCACUUCUGUUGGUAUGUAGAGAUCAGAUGUCCAAAACCCAGUUUUUUUUUACCCUUAGCCUUUUCCGGUAUAACUUUCUUUCGUGCAGUAAUGAAAGUUUACGUUAAAAAUAUAUUAAAAUCUGCUUGGCACUAUAAUGCAUUAUAUGAAAGAUGAUUGCCAAACUAUGGGGUUAUACCAAUGAAGAAAAUUGCAUUUUAGUUUGAACAGAUAAAAACAUGCUCUCACCUUGGUUGUCUGAUACCCUUAUGCAGAUAAUCUAGAGCUUCAGCAUGUAACCUGAUUUGCAAAGUGCAUUUAACAAAGAAACUUUAAUGCCAUUUAAUAAUGUUUUGCAGCAAAUUUGGUUGCCACAUUCUGACCUUGUUGCCAAACUUGUCUGAACUUCUUACUGCUGUUACAAAAAAAGUGUAUGUAGCAUUGUUUCUCUUCUAGUUUAGCUAUAUUCAUAACUUUUUUUCUAAUGUAUCAUUGCCUAGUUCAUUUGUUUCUUCUGUGAACAUGUUACAAAAUGGAUUGAUGACAAUAAAAUAUUCACAU